CAAACAGAGGCCCGAUCAGGUGACUUUAAGUGGUUUUGAGGCCCACCUCAGAAGGCAGCCUCUAAUACACUCAAAUAAAACCACUGUGGACCACGCCCGAUCAGAAACAAAAAAAUUACAAAGUUCUUACCCCGAGUGGUUCCUCUUGCUUUAAUAGACGAUCUCCGGUGAAAACAGGAAACCAGCUGGGCUGCUGCUUCCUGUUUCCCCGCCUUCAGUCAGCUGUCUGUCCACUGUGUGUGGAUGAGCAGCACGCCCCAGCAGCUCCUCCAGGAUGGGGGAAAACGACGACAGCGACAUCAUAGAGCACCACGUCGAGGAGGAGAUGGAGAAGAAAGGUGCGAGGAGCUACGCAGCUUCCUCCUCCUUCCUGGAGAGCGUCAGUCCGUCCGAGAGAGAGGGCCACAGCAGCACCCAGUCCUCCCACAGACUGCUGGCCUACAGCGAUGCUCUCAUCUCCAUUAUCGCCACUGUCAUGAUUUUACCUGUUGCUCACACCAAAGUGGAAGAUAAUGAGGAAUUGAGGGAGAGUCUUCAGGGUCUACUCACCACAAAGAUCGGCGUUUACUUGAUGACAUUCCUCAUUGUGACUGUUGCCUGGGCUGCUCAUAUCAGGUUGUUUCAAGUUGUUGUUCGUAUCGAUGACUGUCUCGCACUUCUGAACCUUGCCUGCAUGAUGCUGAUAACCUUCCUCCCCUACACAUUUUCUUUAAUGGCGACCUUUCCUGAGAACAUCCUCGGGAUUUUACUCUUCUGUGGUUGUGUGAUGGUGAUCGGCGUGAUUCAGUCGGUGAUUGUGUUGUACGCCUUCAGCCGCCCCUUCCUCCUGAAUGAGCAGAUCCAGAUCUCAGAGAACCAGACCUUCUACAAACACCACAUCCUCAAAGUCAUCAUGAAGGUUCCCAUCAUGUGCUUCUUCGCCAGCAUCUUCUCCUUCAUCUUCUUCCAGCUGUCUUACGUUCUCUUGGCCAUCGUCAUCUUCCUGCCUUACAUCUCCCAGUGUUUGAAGUGGUGUCGCAGCAAAGCCAUCGGUCAGGUGGAGGAAACUCCAGACUCCAUGUUGUUCUACACCUACCUGCCUAACGAACCCCUCAGCAAAGAGCGAGUGGAGGCUUUCAGCGACGGAGUUUAUGCCAUCGUAGCAACGCUUCUCAUCUUGGACAUAUGCGAGGACAACGUCCCAGAUCCCACAGUCGUGCAGAAGCAGUUUGGCGGCAGCCUGACGGCGGCUCUGCGGGUUUACGGCCCCGAGUACCUCGCCUACUUUGGCUCCUUCGCCACCGUCGGCCUUCUCUGGUUUGUCCAUCACUCGCUCUUCCUCCAUGUCACCAAGGCAACGCGCUUCAUGGGCCUGCUGAACACCUUCUCGCUGGCGUUCGUCGGAGGUUUACCGUUAGCCUACCAGCUAACACACGAGUUCCCGCCCAACUCCCAUAAUGAGCUGGAAGCCAUUCAGAUUAGCUGUGUGAUCAUUUUCUUCGCGGGUAUUUUUCAGCUCGCCAUUUGGGUGGUCGCUCUGUACAAUGAACAGGAAACUCUGCACCCCUACGUGCGAUACGGUGGACGUGAGCACGUGCUUAUGCUGGCUAAGCUAGCUCUGUACCCCUGCAUAGCUUUGGGGACGUUUUUCCUCACGUGCAUUUUGAGUAAAUUUAGUGCCCCGAUUUUCCACCUGAUGGAGAUCACGGUGCCUUUUGCUUUUCUAGUGUUGAGGAUUUUGGUGCGUCUCGGGUUAGCGCUGCUACGGCUACUUUUCUGUCCUGACAGGCCCGAUCGGAGGAUCGUCAUAGAGGAGGAAGCUGAUGAAACAAGAGUGCCAUUUAAUGCUCUAGUUACAUAGGGAUGUGGACAGGGAAGUGACGCUAACUGACAGAUCUGAGAGGCAAGGUUGCUGAAGGGCUUGGUCUGUGAAUGUGCUUAUAUUUGACCUCAUGAGGAGCCUGCUGGGCUUCACACCGGCAACAAAAUGGAAAGCAUGUAGACCGGUUCAAAUGUUGAGCGCAUCAGUGUAAAUGGGAUUAGAUAUAAACCAUGUGCACUGAAGGAGAUUUAUUGGGGAAAUACUUAGUGAAGAACAGAGCUGAUACUGAUGGCCAGAGCCUAUUCGUUCAUUAUUUUCUUUACAGUAACAUGAUAAGUACCAGUGCAGGUUUAAUCAGCAGUUAAUCAAUGUGAUUCAAUCAUUGUGUUUUAGUUUUAUUACUUCAUCUACAGAGCACAGUCCGUCCAGCCGCUAUCAGUUAACUGAGCCUUACAGAAUAACCUCUAAUCACCCACUGAGGAUUUUCUGAGCAUGUUCAGACGCCCCCCCCCCCCUGCAGGAGGACAUCCGUGAGCUGACGGUGUGGCAGGAGAAGUCUUUCUGUCAAACUGGUCUCCUUUGUGACACGUUAGCAAUCGGACGAGGCUUUAAGUCUCGAGUGUUGGCACUUUAAAAUACUUCUAAUCAGGAGAGGCCAUAACUUUUCAAAUUGCACUAUAUUUCCAUCAUGUGUAUGCUAGUGUCUAAUUACCGCAGUAAUGUGUGACUUUUUUAAAUUUAUGUCGCUAUUGCAUCGUCCACAUCAUGCACUCUGUAUACGUUACUUUGACUACAUGAUUAUUACGCCCAGAUUUACAGAAAAUAUGUGAAAAUCCAAAUUUUUAGGGCAUCGCUGUAGCUUCCUGGGGUGUAACAAGGGUAUUUGCAGAGGCCCGAAUUCGCCCUGAGGCCAUCGACUGUCCCCCACCCCAAUCCACCCGGCUGUCCUGUCUCUAAAGAGCCCCCCAAAAACUAAAUAAGUUUUCUCUUCACAUAUACAGGAAGUUCAGGUGUUUUGUAAAUGCAGUCUUUGUCAUUUCUUUAAGUGUAAGAAAGAACGAUUUGUAGAAAAAAGCUAAAUUUGCACAAUAAUUAGUAAGGUGAUAAAUAUUUUAGCCAUGACUCCAAUAUUUCAGAUUUCUACAUUUCAAAAACUAAGUUGGGGGAAUCAAACAUUAAAUAAACAUGUAAAUGUAGAAAAUGUCAGAUCAUGCAUGUUUGAGGCUUGUUUUGUUUUUGCAUUAACACCAAGUUUUAUGAAAAACUGAAGAUUUUACAUAUAACCGACCUAAACAGGUCAUUGUUUAAAUGGGGAGGGUUGUAAACCUUUCUCCAGUAGGGGGCGCUGUUGUUGUUGAUGUACUGAAGCCACUUUAGUCCAGAUGUGUUGCUCCAUGAUGCUGAUAUUUUUUGUUUGUUUUUUUCGACUGACUCAAAGAAAACUAUGAUGCACUUUAAUAGAAACCUUCCAGAGGACGCAGAAAGGUUUGUCUGUGUUUGCUUUGUUUGUCUGAGUCGUUCUGCUUUCAUAUCCCGGCUGCACUACAGUGCAUACGUAUCGUUUUAGUUUGAGGGUAUUCCUAACUGAUCAUUCGGGCCUUGUACUUGGAAGCAAGUUAAAUGCAGGAUAUCUUUCUGUUGUCUGGCUUCACGAACCCUGACAGCCCCAAUCAGGCCAAGCAGUCACACAAAGGUUGUUAUCAGCCUGAUAACAUAGCUAAUAGCAUGAUCAUGUGGGCAGCAGUGACUGACUUUUAUGUAGUGCACUACUAGAAAAAUCUGAGGUGGUUAAACACAAAACAGACUGAAAGCACCACGGCUGCUGAACCACCUUUGUAAUACUAAAACCCAGGUUUAGUCUCAAGUUACCUGGAUAAGCCAAAAUCCUGCUGUUGGUGUUGGUGGCUGUCAUUGGUAGAAGCAGCAAAGUUGUUAGUUUUGUCACUGUAUAACUUUCCAUUUAUCUUGAUACUUCUCAUGGUGAAUAUAAUGAACACAAAAUGGCAUUAACAUCUUUUCUUUCAUGUAUUACAACCCAAUCACUUCUUUGCUUCCUUUAGAAGUUACAUUUUUAUUGUCUUUAUCUGCUCGGUGGUGUGUUUAAAGCUCAGUGGAGUCGAUAGGAAACGUCUGACCAGCUCUUUAUGCUUACAUGUGUGUUAGUAACGGCUGUAUCAGUGCAAACUCCACACUUGUUCUUUCACUCUGUGCAAAAUCUCUCUUUUCUUAACUGUCAGGCUUUGUUUUGUGAAUAAAUCUGAAGUUGAUCCUUUAAUGUAAAA